ACCGAUGUAUUCCAAAGCCUUGUCAUCUUUUAAGGAGAGAUUGAGAAGAUGUUUUGUGGAAAACUGCCAUCGCCUCAAGUGAGUUUUCAGUGGACGACGACGAGUCCCUUACGAAUCAACACGUCUCGCUCUCGGCCCACGAUGUGAGUGCUGCCCGCUGGGUCUCUGCGACAACAGGAUUUUAAACCAUGGCCAUCUGCCAAGUCCUGCGAACUGGUUCGAUUGGCAUCUAGAGCCGCCCACCACAGGAGAGAGACCUCUGGGUGAGCGAGAGCAGGAGUUCAAACAUUGCGACUCUUUAACAUGAGAGCAGCCAGCAGCCCUGCCUGUCUGUCCCCUCUGCUGCUGUGCCUAUGUGUGCUCCAGAGGAGCUAUGGGACCCCUUCUCCACCCAGCCCCACAUUCAGCCACAACCAGACCAAACUGCCCAACGGCGACAAGGACUCGCACCAUCGCCCCAAGCGAGGUUGGAUCUGGAAUCAGUUUUUCGUUUUGGAAGAGCACAUUGGGCCAGAUGCCCAGUAUGUGGGGAAGGUAAGAGCUUUUGUUGAUUGUUUCGAUCUGUGCUCAGGUGUGCUUAAACCAUGCAGGCGAGCUGAGCUGCUGGGUCUCGUGUGGUUUGUUAAGUGAACUGUUCCUUGAAAGAGCACAGUUUUAACCAGAGACAAUUGCUGCGCAUCAUGUUUUUGGAUUGUAAUUGAAAUGCACCAUGUCAGUGUGUUCCUGUAAUGAUAUUUUCUUGGAAGCGAGUAAAUAGUGCAGGUGACUAAUCAGAAGCAAAAUCCAUGUUUCUCAGAACAGCAUGUUUUUGUCAGAAAAUUGAUUUGGCUUGCAAAUUGAACACUGACCUAUGACAUCCUUCCCCGUUAAUAAGAACGUAAUUUUUUGCCACUGUCGACUACAGCGAAUGGAAGAGAUCCAGAUGUCUUUUCCCCCUCUGUUUAAUCCAUUGUCUUCAUAGACAAGGUUUGAGACAGCUAACACAUUGUUAUGAUAAUCAUUUGGAGCACCUUAAAUUCUGCAACUCUGGACAAAAUCCAGAGAUCCCUCUGCGGCUUAUAAACGUCAACAGUGGUACAAUCAAUUAUUUUGCCCAUUUCUUUCUGUGAAGACUGGCCAACCCUGUCAGCUAAGAUGAAACCGCUGUGUUUCAUGGGUUGGAAUAAUACAGGGUGACACUGACAGCUUCUGACAUUGGCUCAGUGAGGUGAAGGUUAAAGUAAAGAUAGCAGAGUUUAUGAAGAAAUGGCUGAGCAGCCAUCAAUUGUCUACACCUACAUCCCUCAGGAACUGAGCCAAGUGUGUGUGUGAGUGUGUAAUGGGUUUUACCUGUGGACAGGCUGCUUCAGAUCUGCCCACUAGAGUGUAAAUACACGUGUGCAUGCAUGUUAGGGAUUUGAAAUUAAUCCACUUGCUUAAGAAUUAUUCCACUUGUUACCAUUAGCAUUUUCCUUUUUAAGAAAUAUAUUUAGGAAGAAAAAUGGCAUUUCCAUUUGAUGAUUUCAAUAAAAUUAUAUCAAGAAUGGCUGUUUGUAGAGACAACAUACCAUUUGGACUUAGC